AUGUUUUUUUUAUUAUUUCUUUUUGCUUUUCUCUCUUUUCUGUUCUUCUCUCUCUUCUCAAAUCCUCUUUCAUCAGUUUUCCUUUCAUUAAACUACUUCAUUCUUUCUUUAUUUUUUUUCUUUCUUCCCUUUUUUUAUGUCUCUGAAAAACUCCUUUCUUUCUUCAAUUUUUUUUUAGUCUUCUUUCUCUUGCCGUUCUAUCAUUCUCUCUAUUUUUCAUUCAUUUUUCUCUUCCAAUAUAAUCUUUCAGCUGUUUAUCGAUUCUUUCUUUCUUCCUUUCCAUUUUUCUAUCUUUCUUUAAACUUCGCCAUUUUUCUUCCUUUGAAUUUCUGUAUUCUUUCUUUUUUCUUUCUUUCUUUGAACUACUAUAUUCUUUCUUUCUUUCUUUCUUUCUUUCUUUCUUUCUUUCUUUCUUCCUUUCUUUCUUUCUUCCUUCUUUCUUUGAACUUUCUUUCUUUCUUUCUUUCUUUCUUUCAGCUACAUAUUCACGUUCUUUUUCUCACUACAUUUUUUAUUCUUUUGAUUUGCGUCCAUUUUUUUUCCUGUCUCUUUUCUUUCUGUGCUUCUCUCCUUCGUUUUCUUUCUUUCUUGAGACAUUCUUUGAACAUGCUUUCCUGUGUCAUCUAUCUAUCUAUCUAUCUAUCUAUCUAUCUAUCUAUCUAUCUAUCUAUCUAUCUAUAUAUUUGA